CUUAUCUGUCUGUUGUGCGUGCAGAUUCACGGUGAAGGCAGCUUGAGAGGAUAAAAGCGCAGACUGGUGCCUACCUCAAGCUCUUGACCUUCCUCUUCGCAACACCAACCUUUGGACAAGCUCAAUCUAUCCAUUUCGAACAGCGAUACUCACAACACAGCAUCAACAAACAGCAAUCACAACUGCCCACAUGUCUACCAAGGACCAAAACAUCCAAUACCUCUACCUGGUUCUCACCCACGGUGGCACGCCCACGGUCGACUGGGAACCAAUCUGCGCUGCUCUACAGCUGGAUAAGACUGCUGUCACCAAGCGCUGGAGCCGUCUUAAGCAGGUCAUGGAGGAGGGCGAGAAGCCAACCGCGCCGAACCAGGAGUUCCUCUGGCUCAUGAUCAAGCACUCGAGCCGCGACAAGCCGUUCGAUUGGGAGGCCAUCGCUCAACAGUGCGGGAGCACGAAGGGCGCUUGCUCGAAGCGUUACUCUCGUAUGAAGAUCGCUUUUGAGAGAGGAGAUGCUCCACCCAGCACCCCAAGCAAGACCGCUCCGGGUACGCCGAAGAAGACUCCCCAGAAGUCCACGGUCAAGACCGAAGAUGACGGUGAGGGCACGCCGACUACCACACCUAAGCGCAAGCGAACUCCCGCUAAGAAGAACAAGGCCGUCGACCAAGAGGAAGCUCAAGCUGAGGACGAUGAGGAUGAGGAGGGCGCAGAACCGAAGCGCGCAAAGUCCACUCCCAAGGCGAGGGCGAAGCCGAAACCCAAGAACGCUUUCCGCGCCAGCGACCAGAAGAAGGAGACUGAGGAGGCACAGACAAUCGUCAAGGGCCAGCCCGUCGACAAUGAUGGCGAUGUGUUCCUCGACGCUCUAGAGCAAGUUGCUUCUGACGUUGAUGCUGAAGGCGAGGUCGACGAAGUCUGUAUGUUCAUUCCGACUCCUCUUCUACCCUGCGCCAUUUCUACUCGACAAGAAUGGUGCUGACUCCCUCAGUACCUACCUCUACCUUCUCGGAGGCAUAUACUCACGCUAGGGAAAUAGCUAACGUGCUGCUGUACAGGAAGACCGGCCUGACCAAGGAACAUCGAGAGGAGUUGGUGGGCAUGCUGGAUGUGU